AUGUUGGAGGCUAGUGGUGGUUUGUUGACUGCCACGACACCGUCGAUUGCUAAAGGUGAUAAAAACGGAAAGGAUCAACUACAACAUCCAAAUGCUGGAAAAAAUGGAAGUGCUGGCCAUCAUCAAAAUGAAAAGGGAAGUAGUAAUCAAGAUGAACAUGUAAACGGCGAGAUGAUGUCCUCGCCCAUCAGUCAGAUGAUUUUCAAUAGCACCAUGGCGACUAAUAUGAACAUCGGACAAGAAGAAGAAGAACAGGUGCAGCGAAGUAGACGAAGCCGAAGACGCCCAACCUCUACUACACCUCCUCGUCCGACUGGCAAUAGUACGGCUGCGGGGGGCACUCCUAGCCAUGUUGCGAAUGCUGCUACUCUUUCGCCAUCUAUGCCUAUGAUUUCGAAUGGCACUUUUGCAACUAUGACGAGGACUAAUCGGCCGCAUACGCCAGAGCAGGGAGCAAAAGGUCUUACUUUCUUCGGCUCGUCCACUCAUCAACUUCAAUCAGCAGCGUCGACGAUCGGUGGAAAAGGUUUUCUUGUCGUUGAUCACCAGAGGAUGACGACCAAUGGAAAAGGUGGCUUUUACGAUCAGCAGACGACGAGCAGGAAGGGAAAUAAGGGUGGCUCCUUUUACGCUCAAAGGCAGACCCAAGCGAUGGAAAGAAUGCGUGACGCUCUUCGAAAUGCUCCACUUUCUCCUCAUGGAAUCGAAGGACCAAAUACAACGGCGGCUUCUCGUCCUACUCGGGCAGCGGGUUCUGCCACAACUACGAUCAAUCACUAUACUGCUGCUGGUACUACAACUGUUUCGCGGGAACCAAUUCCAGCAGGAGCCUCAUCAAUCUCCAACAACAUCAUGAUGAACACGCCUGCGCCACCUGGCGCGCCUGGCGCUCCUGUUGUUCCCAACAGCAGAAGCGUGAUCGUGAACGCUGCCACCGGUGAUCCUGUUGUCGUAAGCAACAUGAUGAACGCUGCGCAUCAUCAACCCCAUCAUGCUUCCCCUUCUGGUCAUCUUCUCAGCAAUACUGUGAUCAUCAGGAACACGUCGACGUCUGCGCCUCAUCCUGUUCCUCAAGAACCUGAUGUCUGUCCGCCUCCUCCUGGCGCGUUUUUCUACUAUCCUGUUGAGAGUGAUCAGAUUCGCAACGAGAACUACACAUAUCCUCACAUCUCUAUGCCGGUUCCUCUGUUGAACAACAGUAUUCAUAAUCAGAACCACAACGUGUUGCCAUCUUCCUCUACUGCCGCGACUGAUAUUUCGACGCCGAACAACUAAGUAUGCGAACGCGAUGAACCUCCACCAGGAUUAUAUUAACCCGACCAAAUACCUGAACGACAACGAUCAUGAAAAUGAUUAUAACUUGACCUCUUGCCAGGCACAUCAUCAAUCAAUCAAUCAAUAUGGGUAGUAGUAUGUUGACUCUUCUACUUUGCCCACCAGUGGUUUGGAACAAGGUGCGCCACCAAGUACUUCGACUUCUAUGAGCUACAUGCCUGUCGCGCGUCCCCCUCCUGUCGCCGGAUGACUCGAGAACCCUCCUCAACAAGCACAAAGAUCAGGGUUUUAGUAAAUCUAAAUGGCUUAGAAGCACUUUAAAUACAUACUCUCUAUUAGAGGACGUAGACAGGAGAUGGAAGUGAAAGCUGCUCAAGCUCAACUCUCUCCUCAACAGCACCCACAGCGACCGACUCCAGGACAAAAUCUUAUGACAGGCUCUACUUGAGUAUUCUGCCUGUUGUACGUAGCUAGAGCUGUUGAAAAGAUAGACUGCGUAGUGACAGUUUGUUACACUUAGAUGAAGAGGAUCAUUUCAGGAACUGUUUUGUCUUGCUGAAGGUAGAGAACGGACGACGAAAGGUAGAGGUCAACAUGAGGAGGAACGACAACAAGAUAGAUCCUUGUGUAGAGAUUGUAAAGUGGUUCUUCAAGGAAUAAUAAGAAGACAGCCAGGAUUUAGGUUCCGCUGCUCUCCUGAUAGAUUACAUGAUAGAAUACGAUGUAGGACGUGAUAGAAUAGGGGGUCAAAAUUCAGAAGUCCUUCAACAAUAAGAAGCUUCAGAGGAUUCAAGCCACGAAAAUUGUGGUUCUUUCACAAGGAAGCUUCAGUGGUUCUCUCUUCAAGGAAGAAUAAGAAGACCACCAGGAUAUAGGACGCGCUGUACCGCAGACGGAAGUAGUAGCGUGGUGGUCUACUUUUAUAGAUACCUCCCCUGGCUGCUGGACAAGUGGGUGGGCAUUCAUGCAGUCACUCAUUGACUUCACUUGAAGACGUUCCAUUCAUUGCCGGUAAGCAUAUUCUUACCCGCAUCAACAAAAUCUUUCAACUACUAUAUCAUGGAUAUUAUAGGACGGUGAGACGAUAGUUCUUCGUCAUCUCUUGACCCUGAUGAAGAUGAGCUCAAAAACAAAAGCUUUUACGAUUUUUUGCU